UAAAGUACCCUCAUUUAUAAAAUAAUGCACAAUCUAAUGUGUCUGUGCCACAUAGAUUACCACGUCAUAAAACCGUAGUUGGUAACUACGGUUUUAUUUUUUUAAAACAGUUAAAACCGUAGUCACCAACCACGAUUUUAACUUUAAGUUUAAAACAGUAGUUGGUGACUACGGCUUUGAUUAUUUUUAAAAACAGUCAAAGCCAUAGUCACCAACUACGGCUUUAACUUUCCUUUUACCUUUUCCCCCUUUCCCAAUUAGGUUUAUUCAUUUUCCCAAUUUCAUUUUCCCAAUUACCUUUCUUCCUUCCCAGUUACCUUUCUUCCUUUUAGGGUUUCGUCUCUUUAGGGUUUCAUCCUUGCUUUGCAUCCUUGGCUCAAAUUCAAAGUUUGGAAGUCAUUGAUCAGGUAAGAUUUCUGAGAUUUUCUGUUUAUCGUAAAUUUUAAUUUUUUUUGUAAAUCCGUUUGGUUUUCAAGUUGUUGUUGUUGUUGUUAUAGCUGUGUUUAGGUUCUAUUUGGUGAAGAUGUGUUUGAUAUUUUUUGUUUUUAUUUUGACUGUGAUUUUUUGUUUUUAUUUUGACUGUGAGCUUAUCUGAAAGAAAAAAGGGUUUUUUGGUAAGAAAACGGAUAUGGAAUGGGGGCCGCAUGGAUUUUUUUUUUGUUAAAGAUCCAAAAAUGGAGGGGACCACUGUAAAAAAUUCCAAAAAUGAACAAGAGGUGCGGUGACUUUUUUUAUAGGAAUAGAAAAAAUAGGAGUACUCCACUUUUCAAGGUUAGAUUUAUUUUAAGAGAUUUCUUAUUCCUCACAAUUGGGCAUCUUCGUGAACCUAGUGAUGAAAAGGAUUUCUGUGAAGGCUUGAAUUUUGGAAGAGUCCUCAGAACCUGACACCCCAUAGGAGAUUUAAUCUUACUGUAAAUUUCGGAUCACUUGAAAAUAAAAAAGGAGAAUAUUUAUCCUAAAUAACAAAAAAUAAAAUUAAGAAUUGAUCUGUAUUUUCUCUAAGUUAGGAUCUACUGAUGAAUAUUUGGGUUGAAUUCAACCUUCCUUAAUAGAGAACUAGACCUUUCCGAGUGGUUCAACACCCUAAAAAAUUCAUUUUCGUGUGUCAUGGCUGCAUUAAAUACUCAAAUUAUAUAUAAUAUAUUUUCCAAUUAAAACACUUCCUAAACAAAGCUUCUAUUUUUUUUUCUUUUUUAAUGAAAACCAAUUCCUAUUUCCACAAUUUUAUUCACUAAUUUAUAAUAAUUUUGUUCUUAAACAUGUCCUAACCAUGCUUAUGUUAAUUAACAACAGUAGUGGAUAUUCCCAAAAUUAAGACUUAUUUAUUUUAUUUAUUAUACAGUUAAUUUUGUGCAUAGAUAUAUUGUAAUGUUACUUAAACAUAGUACAUGCAAGUAUAAAUAAUAGGGGUAAAUAACCUUUUUCCCAUUUACUUAUGAGCUCUUAUUAGACUGGGAGAAUUUUUUAGGUUUACAUGCAACAGGAUUUUAUGGAACUUCAACAUUUAAAAUAUGGUAAUUAAAUAACCCUUCUUACCAUUAAAUAGUUUAGACAAUGAGCGACCUACAAAUCUACAACCAGCCUAUGCUUUUCUCUCAAGUCCUUUCUUAAGUAAAAUUUUAAUGUUACAUUUUUUCCAGUUGUGGUCUUGGGAGAGACUCCACGUGGGUCACCCUGAUUUUGGUCGACCACUAGCCCCUCCAGCAACCCAGCAUUUAGAGCAUGAUGUAGCCAAUGAUUUACCAGUUGAGCAGUUAGACCAUGGAUUACAGGAUGAGGCAUUGUUACACGAGGGUUUACCAACUGAUCCGUUAGGAUGUAGGUGGAGAGCACCUUUAUCAUGGGCUCAAAACCCAUCACGUGUGUUGACAUUUUAUCGAGACCAGUUAGAUGCACAGACCCAUGACCAGGUUUUAUGGGAGCCUUACAUGGGAGACUUAGUUGCCCAUCUUCCGGCGAUAUCUCUAGCAGAUCAGGAGAUUUGGCGGACGAUGUCACCUCUUAUUUGCUUUGACAUUGUCGAGUGGCAUCGACCGGAGCGAGUGCUGCGACAGUUUGGCUUUCAACAAGGGAUACCUCCAUCUUGUUCCAUAGAGCUAGACCUCCAUUCUGUGGAUAGGCGAGGACGACAUAAGUAUGAUUGGGGAGCAUUCCAUGCACAGUAUAUUACCUUAUGGGGUAGUUGUGAGGAGCGUAUUGCGACGGCACCACCUAUGGUGGGUGUUAUGCAGUUUCAUGAUCCAUAUAUGGAGUGGUACCGACGUAUUACACGACGUUUGAUCACACCCCUUCUCCAUAGAGAUCAGAUGAGGUAUCAUAGUACAACAGCAGCUACUCAGUUAUUGAUCACUGGUAUGGUUGAGAUUGCUAGUCGAUCUGUUGGGCCUACUUCAGGUGCAUUAGGCAACAUUCAUCGGAUUGUUAUUGAUAUUUUGCAUGUUAUUGGAGAGGAGCAUCGCAUACAUUCACUCCGUCAGUCGCCUACAUCAUCAUACCCAUCCAUGAGCCCACCUGUGUCAGCCACUACAGUUAGGAUGCAGCCUAUUCGAGGCCGAGGGAGAGGUAGUAGACGAGAUGAUGGGCGAGUUGGUCGACAGCCUCGACGAUCUAUGCAUCCACCUGAGACUAUGUUAGCACCAUCCACAUCAUCUACCCCAUUUGCACCUGAGGCUUCCACACUUCCCUCUUCACCCCUACCAUCACCUUCACCUAGACUUUCUCCCUUAAGGCAUGUCGUAUCAGAUACCACUCUACCAUCACCUAUAUUUCCUACCACAAAGGCCACUAUACCUGAUGUCACUAUACCAGAGACUACCCCACUAUCUACUAGUCUACCAUCACCUCUACCUUCUCUCGAGGAGACCACUACACCACAUGUCACCUCACCAUCAUCACUUAUAUCUCCUCUGCUCGAGUCCACUAUACCUGAUGUCACUAUACCAAAGACUACCCCACUAUCUACUAGUCUACCAUCACCUCUACCUUCUCUCGAGGAGACCACUACACCACAUGUCACCUCACCAUCAUCACUUAUAUCUCCUUUGCUCGAGUCCACUAUACCAGAUGUUAUUGCACCAGCUACCAUUACAACAGAUGUCAUUAUCUCAUCUCCUAUAUCACCUCUUCUAGAUGUUACCAUAUCAGAUAUCACUGUACCUGAGAUCACCCCACCAUCUACCACUUUACCAUCACCUACACGUCUUCUCAUAGAGACUACCAUGCAUCAUACCUUUACACAUGUUACACAGCUAGAUGUAUGUCCACCUAGGAGACGUCGUGGUCCACGUAGACGUCGAGUCUUGCCUCCAUCAGCUCCAUCUCAACCUAUACAUACUGAGACAUGGCAGAUUGCACAGAUAGAUUCCACAGAGAUGUCUCUUUAUCAUAGGCGUCCGUAGAGAAAGAGGAAGACCCCAUCAUGUGGCACUCAUUGAGGAUUGUUUUUUAGUUUUUGUGUUUAUUUUCAUUUGCAUUAUAUUGUUAACUUUUUUUUUUUAUUAUGAACAAA